GCGGAGCUUGUGGCGGUUCCCGGCGAGGGGAAGAGGCUGAAGAUGUCGAGGAACUUCUCUGACACAGGCAGCAAAAAAGAACAUGUUAAAAUCACGAGCCAGGCCAAGCCAGGGUUCCUGGAGCGGCUCAGCGAGACAUCUGGGGGCAUGUUGGUGGGACUUGUGACGUUUCUUCUGUCUUUCUAUCUUCUUUUUACCAACGAGGGACGAGCUCUGAGGACAGCCAAAUCUCUUGAUGAGGGGCUUUCUCUGGUGGUUCCUCUUGAUAAUAUCCAAGCUGUGUCACAAGAGAAUGAGGGGAGACUGGUGCACCUAGCUGGCCCUCUGAGCACAUCAAAGCCUUUGUUUGAUCCCAGCUAUGGGCUCUCCAUCCAUGCCGUCAAACUUAAGCGUAAUGUGGAAAUGUACCAGUGGGUAGAAUAUGAAGAUUCCAAGGAAUAUGAAGAGAAUGGUGAAAUCAAGAAAGAGACAAAGUACACAUACAAUACCGAAUGGAAAUCAGAAGUUGUGAACAGCAGAAACUUCGAUAGAGAAGUUGGACAUAAAAACCCUAGUGCCAUGGCUGUGGAGUCUUUCACUGCUGUUUCUCCUAACGUCCAGGUUGGCAGCUUUGUUCUUUCUAAAGGUCUAGUGGAUAAGAUUGAUGACUUCAAGCAGCUGAGCUUGUCAAACCUUGAGGAUCCACAUGCUGAUGUUACCAGGACAGGAGACUACUUUUACCACAGCGAGAACCCCAGGCGUCCAGAAGUGGGAGACCUUCGUGUCUCGUUCUUCUACGCGGGUCUGAGCGGAUAUAACCCCCAUCUGGGCUCAGCCGAUAAGGUGACUGUGGUUGCUCGCCAGCGUGGGGAUCAGCUGAUUCCGUAUCGCACCAAGUCUGGAGAUGCCCUGCAGAUUCUCUACCCUGGAGACCUCUCUGUGGAGGAGGUGUUUCAAAAAGAGCAUGAGAGCAACACCAUGAAGACCUGGGCUCUCCGUGGGGCCGGCUGGCUGGCAAUGUUUGUGGGCAUCAGCCUAAUGACCCGAAUCAUCUACACUUUGGUGGACUGGUUUCCUCUAGUGAGAGACCUGGUUAACGUUGGAUUAAAAGCUUUUGCCUUCUGCGUCGCCAGCUCGUUGUCGCUGCUCACCAUCUCCGUUGGCUGGUUCUUCUACCGCCCUCUCUGGGCUUUGCUCCUGGGGCUGCUCUCUGUGCUGCCUAUCGUGAUCGCCAGGUCUCGCGUCCCGCCCAAGAAGCACCAGUGAAUCGGGGUGCUCGGCCUUUGCCCCCAGUCCUGGUUAGUACCUCUUCAAGUGUCUUUCUGUUCCGAUUACUGCUGCAGCCCAGCGCAGUUCGGCCCGUGACGGGGCUGGGAUGCGACCCUUGGCGUGCUUGUCCAUGAAGAGUAAGACUCUUGAGGGAUGCUGCUUUGUAGGAAGCAAAUGCUGAUCUUGGGAACAAAGCAUUUUGGAGCGUCUGUGUUCAUUAUGGAUGAGUGAAGGAGCAGGUUUUUUCUUACCACUUCUUGAUUCUCUUGAUAAUUGAGCAUCGUGGACCUCACCUUGUCUGUAGGCUUAGCAAAUACGUGUGUGAUUCUGGACAAUCCUUCCCUCUGCCUUGCUCUUACACAUGCAGCCGUGUACACUUUUGUUGAUGCAUUUUGAUGUGUAUGGGUUCAAAAAACCACGAUUUGUCUAAGAAGCAUUAUGCUCAAGUACUGUGUCUGUGCUUUUGGACUGAAGAUAAAAUGAAAAAAUUGCAGUCAGGAGGGGUCAGGAUAGUGUUCUAAGGCAGGGCACACUUGUCAGAAAGCUUUUUUGUCCUGUGUAUACUGGGUUUUUUGUUUUUUAAUUUCACUUGGCAAAGACAAUGAAAUGUUCCAUGAAAUCCAUCAUGAAAACAUUUUUGCUUAAUUUCAUUAACUUUAGUAACCUAACUUUUGAGCUUUAUACCAUGUUAAUGCAAUGACUUAGGGCAGUAUUGUGUAUUAUUCUGUUUACGUAUUUCUGCUGUCACCAGUACUUGCAAGUGGAAAUGAUCUAGGGCUGUUUUCAGGUCAGUCUCCUCCUCACUACAGUCUAGCUUGGAGUUGCGCCCUGCCUACACUUCAGUAUUGUUUCUCAAGUAUACCUAAAUCAGUACCCAAACAGGAAAGGUCUUCAGCGAGUAUAUUUAUGAAGUCCAGUUAGGACUGUCCAGAGAAAUACAUUCUCCAUAGCAAAAGAACUUACUUGAACAUAUAUAGAAGCAAAUGUUUGCUAAAAAAAGUACUAAAAUGGGAAAUUGAUUUAUGAAAUGUGUCCUG